GACACGAUUUGGAGACUCAGAAUAUUGGUUAGGAAAGCAGAAAGUGAAAUGGACGACUGCAAGCGAAGAAUGCAAAAUGAUUGGAGGAAAACUUGUUGAAAUGGAGUCUUCAAGCGAGAAUAACUUCGUUCGCAUGCUUGCUCAAAAUUUAACAGAGAGUGUUUGGUUAGGCGCCACAGAUCGUGAGGUCGAGGGGCAAUGGCGAUGGGCAGACAACAACUCUCUGCUGACAUUUAGCGACUGGGACGUCUUGCACAACCAACCAAACAACUACAAUAACCAGGACUGUCUGUCUCUCUACCUCCCCUACGGUCUUACUUGGUGUGACGAAUCCUGUGACAACAGAGAUUACCAGUACAUCUGUGAGAGAGAUGCUGUGUAACU